AUGUGGUCCUCUGACUCUCAUUUGAAGCGCGUUUGCGCUGCAGCAGCCGAUGGCCGGACCUCCAAUGUCCGUUUCAUACAAAGUCAAUUGAAAGUUUUGCACCAAAGCAUCCUGGACUCGCGUGAGGAGAUCUUGGAAGUGAUUGCUUCCAACCCGCUCACUACUGGAACGGAGGCUGAAGUGGAGUUUUCCAUUGCAAUUGCGACAGUCAGAAAACACUAUGAAUCUAUCAAUUUCGACAAAGCCAUUGCCGAUGAAUAUAAGAUUGCAAGAGGGGAGAACAACACCGAGCGUCGUGUAGGCCAUGGGGUGGUUGUGGUUAGGCCGACGGCGCAUACACGCUUCUAUUCUAUCAUCUCGGCCGUGGCAUGCGCUCUUGCCGCUGGAAAUACUUUUGUUGUUGAGUGUGGAAAGCAUGACGUUGAUAACUUGAUCCCAUCCCUGUUCCAACCCCUAGACUGGGAGCUCUAUGGCCUAGUCCAGGGCCCUGUGACUGAUCUAGAGAUCCUUCCUAGAGCUCUUAUUAUUGAUCAAACUGGUACAACAGAAGCAUCUAAUUCUGUCAGAUCUCUACCGAAUCUUCGUUCUGUUGCGGUCAUCGACCGUACAGCGGACGUUGAAAAGGCAGCGCAACAAAUUCUGUCUGCUCAUCUUGCAUUCUCUGGACAGUCUCCCCAUGCCCCGGAUUUGAUUGUCGUGAACGAAUGGGUGAAGAGCAAAUUUAUUGAUACAAUGACUCGAGAGCGACUGAGUGGAGGCCGUGAGGUAAACUCAAUCCAGGCCGAUUCCAAGGAUGCUGCAUGGAAGAAAGUUGUGGCAGAGGCGGAGAGCGAUGGAGAAGCUACACUUAUCAAGAAAGAGGGUCUAUACAUGAUCGAUGUCCACCAAAAGUCAUCUCACUUGGUCAAUCAGCGCGGAGAAGGGCGAUACUUGACCCUACUUACAGUUGCUAGUUUAGCAGACGCUGUUCUUACACUGUCAAAUAUCCCCGAGUAUCUCGUUGCCUACCAUUUCGCUGAGCCUGCCGCUGGAAAGUUCCUAAGCCAACAGAUCAAUAGCCAUUGGUCAUUUAUCAAUCAUAUUCCCGCACAGCUCCUUGUGGGACCGGCCCUCCCCCUCAAGCAAGGAAAUUUCUCGCUUGAUCUCCGGUACACAAAAGAGAUGCUGUCUAAAGCAAGACCGGAGGUCAUCGAACCGAUCGAAACUUCUGUCAUUGGACUGGAGGAUCUGAGUAACCCAAUGUCCAAGACUUUGCAGAUUCUCCGGAAACGUGAAGCACAGCCUCUGAGAGAGACGGGCCAAGGACCCGGAACAGCUAUUGGAUUCUUUGAGCAAGGUAUCAUUGUGGGCGCGCUGUUUAUCGUUUUACCUGUUGUUUCGGUUGUAGGAUAUUCUGGAUGGGUGCUCACGCGUAAGGUUUUCUUGCACUUUGCUGCUGGAUCUUUUGGUCUUUGA